AUGAGACGACGAUCUACGUUGCCCUCAUUAUCGCCUGGAAAGAGUAUCACUGAAAGACGGUUAACUUUACGAAGAGAAAGUCCAAAAUUGGCUGUUGAACCAUCAUUGUUAGAAAGAAGACUUUACGAAGCAUUUGAUGUGUUUGAUAAUGCUAGAAGUGGAGAGGUAGAUGUUAGAGAUUUGGGAACUAUAAUUAGAGCUUUAGGAUGUGUUAUCACAGAAGCUGAGUUACAAGAAAUACAAGUAGAAGUUGAAGAUGUUGAAAAUAAUUGCGUACCAGUAAAUAGAUUUGUAGAAUACAUGAGCAAGGCAAUCAAUGAACGCAAAUUCAAACCAGCAGAACCAGAAGAAUUAUUGAAAGCGUUUCAAUUAUUAGAUCCUGAAAAUCGCGGAUAUAUCAUGAAAGAGGAUUUAGAAAAAUCAAUUAUGGAAAUUGGGGAGCCAUUUACAAAAGAAGAAGUGGCCGAUAUGAUGGCUGUAGCCUGCGACACGGAAACUGGAAAAAUUAAUUAUGAACAUUACAUCAAUUUGCUGAUAGUAAAAAUUCCUGAAAACAUUAAUGUAUAUAAUAUUGUGGAUGAAAUGGAAGCUGCAAAAUUGGCAGAGCUGCCUGUAAAGCAUAAAUGGGAAAGAAUUUUAUUUCAGCGAGAUAGUACCUAA